CAAGUUCAUCGCAGACCGUGAGAGCAGAAGAAGCCUAACUAACAGUCAUUUGGAAAAGAAGAAGUGUGAUGAAUACAGUCCAGGCACAACAUCUUUGGGAAUGUCUGUCUUCAACCUUAGUAAUGCUAUCAUGGGCAGUGGGAUAUUGGGUCUUGCCUUUGCUUUGGCCAACACAGGAAUUGUACUCUUUGCGUUGCUUUUGAUUUCAGUGACACUGCUCUCCAUUUAUUCAAUAAAUCUCCUGUUAGCAUGUGCAAAGGAAACAGGCUGCAUGGUUUAUGAAAAACUUGGAGAACAGGUUUUUGGCACUCCAGGAAAGAUUAUUGUUUUUGGAUCUACGUCUCUUCAGAACACUGGAGCUAUGUUGAGCUACCUCUUUAUAGUUAAAAAUGAACUGCCUGCUGCCAUAAAGUUCCUUAUGGGAGAAGGUGACACAUUUGUAGCCUGGUAUGUGGAUGGACGAGUUCUGGUUGUAGCUGUGACCUUUUUAAUAAUUCUUCCUCUAUGCCUUCUGAAAAAUUUGGCGUGUAAUUCCAAACUUGAGCCAAAAAAAAUCCCACUGCUUUGGGAUCUCCUCUAUACUUCGGUGAUGCUGCUGCUGCUGCUGUUGCUGCUGCUGCUGCUGCAGCGGCAGCGGCUGGAGCUCCUGCGGCUUGCCCAGUUCCUGUAA